GCUCUUAUCGAUAACAAUUCGCCGCUGCAAACAAACCGCUGGAGUAUUAAGAGGUCGAGCUGAUGAUACGAUGGGUUUUGCUCGAGAGCGAAAUGCCGCUCAGUCAGACGGGAAUGCAGUGCCGUUACCGGUGACGGACGCUGAACCAACGGUGCCCUCGAAAUCUGAUGUCGAUGGCCUCGAGUCUUUACGACAUCGAUUAGCUGGACCGAGUACGACGAAAGCUGGAUUGGAUUCAAGUGAUCAAGAAAGAAUCAACAGAAUCAUCUACGAAGCCUCCAAAGGCAGCAAGUUCUUCGAGAACGAGAAGAGGAAGGAUGCCGAGCUCACAGCAAAGAUCCGACGUGUCCAGGCAAAGCUCAAGGAACUCGAAGGUCAUGAUCUCCGGGGCGAGGUACGAAGAGCAGACGAGCUACUGGCAAAGCUGGAACAAAGUCGGGAUUUAUCGCAGUGCAUCGUCCAUGUCGAUUGUGACGCCUUCUACGCCUCCGUCGAAGAGCUAGACCGUCCCGAACUCAAAGAUAUCCCAAUGGGCGUGGGCAUGGGUGUCCUCACAACCGCAAACUACCACGCUCGCAAAUUCGGUGUCCGCUCCGCAAUGCCCGUCUACAUCGCCAAGAAGCUUUGCCCACAACUAACUGUUGUCCCUUGCGAUUUCACCAAAUACACCCGCAAAAGCAAGGAAGUCCAGAGCGUGAUCGAGAAGUAUGAUCCGAAUUUUAGAGCGGCGAGUUUGGAUGAGGCGUAUAUGAAUAUUACGGAGUGGUGUCGGGAAAGGGGGGUUGAGCCGGAGGAUGCGGUACAAGAUAUGCGGAGGGAGGUUUUUGAGGUGUCGAGGUUGACGGUGAGUGCUGGGAUCGCGCCGAAUUCGAGGUUGGCGAAAGUUUGUUCAGAUCGGAAUAAACCGAAUGGGCAAUUUCGGAUUCUGAGCACGAAGGAUGCGUGUCUCGACUUUGCACGGGAGUUGCCGUGUCGAAAGGUCAGUGGUGUUGGCCGAGUCUUUGAGCGUGAGUUGGAGGCGGUGGGUGUGAAGACGUGUGGUGACAUCUUCGAAAAACGAUCAAUCCUCCGUCAAGUCUUCGGCGAGAAAGCUUUUGAGUUUUUGAUGGAGAUGCAUCUGGGUUUGGGAAGCACCGAAGUCCGUCCUGCUGAAUCCUACGAACGAAAGUCCAUCGGGACCGAAUCAACGUUCUCCACAAUCUUCAAACCUGAUGAGUUGAGAGCGAAACUCAGGCAGAUAUCGGAGGACUUGGAGGGAGACUGUGAGCGGACGCAGUUGAGUGGACGAACACUGCAUCUGAAGAUCAAGUUGGAUACGUAUGAAGUCUACACACGGCAAGUCGCGAUGGGAAAAUACAUCUGGCAGGCGGACGAGUUGUAUAAGCAUGGACUGCCGCUAUUGGAGAGGGAGAUACAUCAGGCUGGAGGGAACCUGAGGUUGAGGUUGAUGGGAUUGCGUUUGACUCAAUUGGGGGGACGGGGUGAGAGCGACAAGGUUGACGUUAACAAGUUCUUUGGCGUCAAACGAUCUAACAGUGACUCUAUCACCGCCACCAAACGCAUACGAACGGGUGAGAGCCCAUCAAUCGACUCCGGAGAUUUCUCCUUUGAAGAUGGUGUGGAAGACGAUCUUGGACCUCCACAACUCGAAGAACUGCCCAAGGAGGAGAAAGUCGAGGAAGAUAAAUGUCCGUGUCCGAUAUGUGGGUUGCUGGUGCCGGCUGACGAUCGGAAGUUGAACGAACAUAUUGAUCUGUGCUUGAGUCGGGAGACGAUUAAGGAAGCUGCGAGAGGGGAUCAGGAAGGGCGUGUGGAAGUGCCGAACAUUAUGGUGAAGAAAGAGAACGUACAACCUUUCGGUGCGGGAAAAGCGAAUACUGUAGGGAGGACGGCUAUGAAUGGCAAUGGCAAGGGAGGCGGACUGAACGGCUGGUUAAAGAAGGACAAGACUAUGUGACGGCGUUUGGGUUGGUGUUCGGCGU